AUGCCGGAUUUCAGCUCACUCUGCAUGACCUUGUUCCACCCGCUGAGGAUGCUUCCACCACUCCUAGCGGAUACUUAUCGUCGAUAUAAGCAGGACACCGAUGGCAUUGCGACAUGGCUUGCUACGACAGCCAAGCGAUUUGGAUUCUCAUCUGAUCUACUCACGGGUAACUCCAAAAUCCCAGCCCAACAGAAGAGUAAACGCUUGAAAGGAAAGGCACGGAAGGAGGCGAAACAGAUGAGUAGCAGCGACACUUCGCCGAAACCAUCGACAUCCGCGCCGAAAUACACCAUCGCCGUCAAGGACUUCAUUACAUUGGCAGAAUUUCUGGCACCCAAACCAGGUGUAAAAGUUCCCGCACCAGUCUGGGAAACAAUAGAAAGGGCAAUCAGCCUACGACAACGUCACUACGACUACCAUGCUCAGCAGCAAGCCGCCACUAACGGGAUUGACGACGGACAUGCGUACUUUUUGGGAGUCUUAGAGAAGGUGAGGGAUGUUCUCAAACCCCGUCGCCAAACGGGACCUACUCCGCCACAAGGCCAAACCACUCCAAGCAGUGAUCCAACGGAUGAUGUUGAGGUUCACCUCGACAACAUGUUCGCAGCUUUGACGGUCGAAGAACCCUCUGAAGCCUUCCUCAAUGCGCCGGACAUUGCACCCGCCGCCCAGAGCGAUGAAGCAACCGCUAUGUAUACAGUUGAACCUUCCGACGAUCCACUUGAACUGUAUCUUGCAACUGCUGCUAUGCUUCAGGACUGCUCCAGGAUCCGAGACGCGAUUCGGCAUGCGUGGCGGUCAUAUUCCCAGCGUGCUGUGACUCUCAUUGCAGCCGCUAUCACCACAGACGUCGGUAUCAAGAUGAUACAAGAGUUGGAGGAGCAGUUCAUGAAGGACCAUCCGUCCGAGUCUAGUACCGUGGAUGCGAGAGGAAAGUUCUUCGCAGUCCAAUGCCUUCUUCGAGGUCAAGAUCCAUCAGCACGUCUUAGACACGACGAUCCCGUUAACUUCAGCUUGUAUGAACUUGCAGAAACCAGUCUCGUCAGUACACAUAGUCUGGUAGACGCUUUCAGAAGGGUCCUCAAAGUCCAUGAUUUGCCAGUGUACAAGUCCGGGUUUUACGGAGUGUCUGAUCCGGCAAAGGAUCGAGCGAGCAUGACAGGCGGGGAGAAAUUCGAUGAAGACAAAGUCCUCCUUCUGGAGCUUCUUUCGGACAUUGUGUUCUUUCACCACGCUAAUCAGGCGGGUCAGCUGAAGGCAACUGACGAGUUUACAAAGGCCGUGGCCCUUCUUAAAACCCAGGAUCGUCAUACAAUGGCAUUGGAUUUUGCCGCUCAGAUCCAUUUGGACAUACAGCAGUGCCUCAGGGGCCAGUCAGCAGUGGGUGCCGUCGACUUACAGACCUACGUCAUGGCCUUUCCACGCAAAUUACGUGUCGACAACUGGCCGCGACAGAACGACCUUCCUCUGAGGAUGAUAUCGGAAGUCAUGGAGCGUUGGCUGCUGGAGGACGCUUAUGGUGAACUGAAAGCGAAGAAUUUGACGAAAUUGGGCAUACCUUCUGAUCAACUGCCACCUUCGCACGCAUUCUUCAAAGCUCACCCCUGGCUUUGCGGUUCCCUACUGUUUGGCAUGAAGCUCGACAUGCAGGAACUGGGUCUCGCUUUCUUGAACGCCUGGGGUUCUGCAAAGUUCGCAGCCCAGAUCUACAACGCUGUUAGACAGGAAAAAUUUCUCACGAGGUCGUGGCAGGACAUGGAUCUGGCUAUAACGAUUCACGGCGAUCCUGCGAUGUUUGUUGGCGACAGGCCCAAAAAUACGGACGACUACUUCCAACGCUUUGCCCUGUCCAUGGGCUACUCAGCGCAGAACGUUGCCCAAGGCGGUAAGCGGAAGCAUUCACGUCCAAUCGUGUCAAAUAGGGGUCCGCAGGGUGAACUCAAAUCAAAGGACGCAACUCCAAUUGCAUAUGAGCUACGUUUUGGAUAUUCGAAAUUUGAAAGCAAGACGGUGUCGGACCUGGAGAAAGUGUUGGCGAAGGUGCUUGAGAUCGACUACGAACUUGAUCCAGAGGUCGUCGCUGGCCACAAACGUCAUGGAAAGCGACACACAACACAGGAGGCUCUCACAAUGAUCUGUCAGUCGCUGGCGUCCGAAGAUUUGGCAUUGACGUUUGAUCAUUUCCGUCUGCACCGUCAGGCUUGGCGACUUCUUCGCGCCAUCAAGGACAAGGUUGCUGAUGACCUCCGGCGUAUCUACGGGCCUGGGUAUCUUGAGACGGAGAAUCAACUCCCCUUCGUAGUCGGGUAUAUCUUCAUGACAGCCGUCGAAACGAAGAGGCUCGGCGCACUACUGCUGCCAAAGAGGGAAGACAUUGUCAGUUCCAAGCUGCUGAUGAAGGCGUCAGAGGCUCUCGAAGGUAUGAUAGACAGCGGUGCAGGCGGACUGGAGAUCAAGAUUCUUCGCGAGAAGUACGGCAUGGAGAUCGAGAUUGAAACGGAAGACGCAAACGGAGUGACUAUCACUACCGCCAUGGCCGGAAUGGCUUCCACUUAA